AUGCAAGCAAGGGCCUCUUGGCGGCCCUGGCAUGUGUCAUCUCGCAUCGCUCGACGCAGCCAAGAGAAGCCAGCUCCGCCUGACUCAGCCAAGGGCAUGGUGCUUCAAGCAGCAGAGUCGGUCAUGAAGGCAUAUGCGGAUGGCCUCUCGCGGCAAUCGGUGCAACUGAGACUCGACAUAGUUUGUCCACCCAAUCGGGUCAUAGAAUCUGGAAUGGAAGCACUGCUGAGUGCUGCUUUGCCAAUGGCGAAGGCCUUUACACAAGCGCUUCAAAGUCCUGCUGGUGCUGCCCUGCGAGACGUGCGAAUCUCUCGAUUUGAUGAUGUUGGGACCACGUCCGGAGAUGUUGGAACCUUGCUCUACCGAGAAACUGAAGACCCUAAAGAGGACGCUGCUGUGGUCUUGUUGGGAGGUCGCAAGUUCGUUUUACAAGAUGCCAAAGCCUUCAUGAGCGGCAUGAAGAGCCGCCUCGUUGUGAUGCUCAAUUCAGAAGAUGCAGCCACAACUUUCAGGCUGGAGAAUAGAGGACAGGAGAUGACAUCUGGCGGAAAUUUCGGAAAGGAUGUUGAGGUGCUGGGGAAGUUCUGUGAAGAAUUUAGCGAAGAAACUUAUUAUCUUCGGCUUUUGCUCUUGAGCGACUGGCCAGUCAUCAUUUUCCGUGCAUAUCCGCAUCCAUGGGAUGUAUACAUUGAAAGCUUGGACGGCGAAGUGGUGAGGCUGAUGUAUGGAUCCCGCAAGCCUCUCGCAGAAGAGAUCCUGCAGGAAAUCACCAAGUACGAACAAGACAAUGGCAUCACGAAUGCGGACAAGAUAGCAAAGAUACAAUCGAUGUGA